UUACCACUCAAUAAAUGUAAAUAAACAUAAACCGAUCUAAUAAUAUUUUUAGAACGAGAUACAUUAAUUGAACUGCUUUUGCGUAUUUAUGAACAUUUCUGCGGAAAUGUCUGAAAUUACACCAAUUUCUUCUAAGCCGGCUAUAGCCGAAAAAGACUCCAAAUACAAAAUGCAAGCGGCAGCCUUCCUUGGUCUGGUUGGUGGGGUAUCUGCGAUAUUUGGAUUUUCUAAAACACUGGGAAAAGCAAAACAAUCUCAUAGUAAACUGAUAGAGAAAAGUGGACGAGAUGCAGGUAUCUUGCUUGAAGAGGGCUCUGCGCUGGCAAUGCGCGCCUUAGGUUGGGGUACUUUAUACGCAUUUAUAGGUACAGGAGUCUUUUGUUAUGGUGUUUGGAAACUAUCUGGGGCGAGAAAUAUGGAGGAGUUUCGCCUGAAAAUGGGUCAAGGUUUACCAAGAUUAACGAAAGACUCGCCCCCCACAAGUCGUACGGAUUUCGAAUCACUAACAGAUUUAAUGAAAUACUUAGGUUCAGGAUGCAGGGAAUAACUUUUACCUAACGGUCACAUGUAUAAAAAUAAAA